CUGAUCAUAGCAUCAGCACCUUCUACUGCAGUCCUCAGAGCAGCAUCAUGAUGGAGAAGAUCAUGUUGGGAUUUUUGUUUCUUUUAGACUGCGUGGUCCUCUCCACCUGCAUCCUCCCUCAGUACUAUUUUGUUAAUCAGUUAAUGAAUUGGAAUGAAGCUCAGACCUACUGCAGACAGAAGCACACAGACCUGGCCACCAUCCUAAAUUCUAAGGAACAGAACCAAUUUUAUGACAAUCUUACAUCUGCUGGACACAGCUCUGACGUCUGGAUUGGUCUGUUCAGUGAAAUCAACUGGAAAUGGUCAGAUGGUUACAUUGGGAGUGGAGCUGACUACAGAAACUGGCACAUAAAUCAACCAUCAUGGCAUUAUGUUGAUGACUUAUGUGUAGGAUUAUUUUCUAGUGGAAGUUGGUUUGAUGAUGUCUGCACAGAUAAUCGACCAUUUUUGUGCUACCAAGGUUCACACUUGGACCCUGAAUUUGUUCAUGUGAAAACACCAAUGAAUUGGUCCAAUGCUCAGAUCCACUGCAGGGAAAACUUUAUUGACCUGGCCACAAUAAAAAAUGACACACAGGAACAGCAGGUCCAGAGCCUGAAACCUGAUGCUGACGAAGCAUGGAUUGGUCUAUAUAGAGAUCCAGAUCAUCACUGGUCUGACGGGAGAAGCGUCCUCUUUACCCACUGGGAUUCCACGUUUAUUCAGAUUGCCUUGAGGACAGUCAUAUGUGGUGCUACAUCUACUGGGAGGUCAGGGAGAUGGAAGCUUUUACCCAGUGAAAGAAGAUUACCAUUUGUCUGUUAUGACACUAAUGGAGGAAAAGUCUCCAGUCCUGACAACGUCACAACAGAUGAAGGAAUUCAAUCUCAAAGUAAGGUCUUUGCUAAAGAGUUAAAGGGCAUCAGAAAACAGGUAGUAAAGCUUAGACUUCACUUUGAGGACCCAGAGGCUAUGGAGGACCCCGUUCAAAAAGGGAAAAUCCUUACAGAGGCAGUUCAAUCCCAGAGGAAGGAGUUGAAUCCGAACAGGAGAUUUGUGCACAGUUUGUGGCAGGUGACUCCUCGAGAGUUCCGAGAGAAGAGUAGAGUUGAUGCGAAUCAACGCCAAGAAGCAACAGUGUCCAUGAGGGAAAAUCCAGAGCCAAAGUCAAAGCAGAACCAGGUUAACACACCAGAAGAUCAGAGAGCUGAGGAGGUACCAGAGGAGAUUCCAAGCCGAGGGCUGGACGGGCAGGUGCUCUUUAUCAAGCUGAUUCCCACCUUUUUUAAGGAGCUGGAACCAGGAGGAGGGCAACCCAGGAUCCCAAGCCUUGAAACCACUCCAGAGACCUUUUCGCUUUGGACCCCUGUUAGAGGCAUCUUCAGUCUGCCUCUAAGAACCAGUGAGGCUUUGGACCUCAGAACCAUUAAAGCCCUCCUGCCUGAGCUCACCUGCCUGUCCACCCUCACACACCACCAUCUGAUCUCACCCACCGGACCUGCACCAUUCGCCAGGACCACUGGUCACCAUCCUCCCAUGACAGACGCCAAGAAGCCCUCUCUCAGUAUCCUGACAACCCUGCCUGCCGGACUUCACUCUAGGGGGCUGCGGCUUGGGGAAAAUCCGAAGGAGAAGCCGGUUGUGGCAGAGGAACCUCGGAUGCUGGAGCCAGGGGAACUAGAGGCGGUUGUGGAGCUGCAACAGAGUCCUCAGAGCAGCAUUGUGAUGGGGAAGAUCAUGUUGGGACUUUUGUUUCUUCUAGACUGGGUGGUCCUCUGCACCUGCAUCCUUCCUCAGUACCAUUUUGUUAAUAAAUUAUUCACUUGGACAGAAGCUCAGACUUACUGCAGGCAGAAGCACACAGACCUGGCCUCCAUCCUAAACUCUGAGCAACAGAACCAACUUAUUGACAAUCUUACAUCUGCUGGACACAGCUCUGACGUCUGGAUUGGUCUGUUCAAUGAAAUCGACUGGAGAUGGUCUGAUGGCUUCUCAGGAAGCGGCGCAGAUUACAGGAGCUGGACACCAUCCAAUAAUGAGCCUAACUUUACUUCAGGCAGCACACAGCUGGAACCUGAAUAUGUUUACGUGGCAGAAAGUAGAACAUGGACAGAUGCCCAGAAAUACUGCCGGGAGUUCUUCAUUGAUCUGGCCACAGUGAGGGAUAACACAGAAAACCAGAUGGCCCUGACCUUGAUACCAUCUGGUGAAGAGCCGUGGAUCGGACUAUCUAGAAGCUCAAACAGUUUUCAGUGGUCUGAUGGAAGCCCUUUCCUCUUCUUCAACCCUGACGGCAUCUAUAAUCCACUCGGCUCAAUGAAGGUCAUAUGUGGCGCAACAUCUACUAUGCGCUCAGGAAAAUAUAAGUUUUUGCCUUGUGAAACCAAACUACCAUUUGUCUGCUACAGUGUUCAACACGGUGAGUGUUCUACUGAUGUGACAGAAUUAACAAUACUUCAAUAA